GACGGGACGACCUCUGUCGAUCCAAUAAUACGUGCUUUGACCGCGUUUUUGGCCAGGAACUUUUUUCAAGAUAGCAACACCAAGUCCCGCCAGUCUGCCGCAUCCAAGCGAUAUGCUCGUAAUUGGUGAGACAUGCAGUGCUACACCGAGCUGACGCCCCCGACGGCCGUCACGCAUUCCGUGGCAUUGCCAUUUAUCUCGGCACAGAGCAACACUCUAGUGGUCGCAAAAGCCUCCCUCCUCCAGAUCUUCACGACAAAAGCCAUAUCCGCCGACCUCGAUAGCACUCAGAGCACUGCCCAGCAGCCGACGAGGCUGUCGAGCAAGUAUGACAGCCGCCUCAAUAACGACGACGACAAACUCGAGUCUUCGUUCCUCGGAGGCGAUGCCAUCAUCUUGAAAUCGGACCGUGCAAACAAUACCAAACUCGUCCUCAUUGCCGAGAUACCUCUCUCGGGCACAAUCACGGGUCUAGCCAGAAUCAAGACACCGAGCACAAAAUCUGGAGGCGAUUUGCUCCUCAUUGCCUUCAAGGAUGCAAAACUCAGUCUUGUCGAAUGGGACCCUGAGAGGCAUUCUCUGAAUACAGUCUCAAUCCACUACUAUGAACAAGACGAGCUUUACGGAAGCCCCUGGGCCGCCCCUUUGAGCGAUUAUGUCAACUUCCUGGCUGCAGAUCCCGGCAGUAGAUGUGCCGCCUUGAAGUUUGGUCCCAGAAACCUGGCAAUUCUGCGCUUCAAACAGCCCGAUGAAGACAUGGGCAUGGAUGACUGGGAUGAGGAGCUAGAUGGUCCCCGGCCUGUCAAGGAUUUGUCCUCAGCAGUCGUAAAUGGAACUAGCAACAUAGAAGAGACACCAUAUUCACCCUCAUUUGUUCUACGGCUGCCCAAUCUUGACCCUAGUCUCCUCCACCCCGUGCAUCUCGCAUUCCUCCAUGAGUACAGAGAACCGACAUUCGGCAUCCUCUCCUCCACACAGAGCCCGUCGAACUCCAUGGGCCGCAAGGACCACCUCUCAUAUAUGGUCUUCACCCUCGACCUUCAGCAGAAGGCAUCGACCACCAUCCUCUCCGUCGGUGGCCUGCCACAGGACCUUUUCAGAGUCGUCGCCCUCCCAGCCCCGGUUGGGGGUGCAUUGCUCGUAGGGGCCAACGAGUUGAUUCACAUCAACCAGUCAGGAAAACCCCAUAGCGUCGCCGUCAACCCCCUCGCAAAGCAGUCCACUUCGUUCGGCCUGGUAGAUCAGUCCGACCUUGAUCUUAAGCUGGAAGGAUGCGCAAUCGAUGUCCUGUCUGCCGAGAACGGCGAGCUUCUCCUCGUCUUACAAGACGGACGGCUAGCACUGAUUACCUUUCGAAUUGACGGCCGCACCGUCUCUGGUCUCUCAGUCAAGCUGAUCCCGAAAGAAGCUGGAGGAGAAACCGUCCCCUGCAGCGUCUCCUCGCUCACCCGGAUUGGUCGGGGCAACAUGUUCGCCGGCAUUGAGGAUGGCGACUCGCUUGUACUUGGGUGGACCAGAAAACAAAGUCAGACCUCCCGGCGGAAAUCGAAGAUACAAGACCUUGGUAUGGAUGUCGACGACGAAGACUUCGACGAUGACGAAGAUGAUCUUUACGGCGAUGAAGCCCCUGGAAUUCAGCCUACGGCUUCUGCAGGAAAUACUGGCAAAGCCGGGGACUUGAGCUUCCGCAUCCAUGACAGGUUGAUCAGCAUUGCGCCGAUUCGGGCCAUGACCUACGGCAAGUCCGCCACGCUCCCGGGCAGCGGGGAAGCAGAGGCAAAUUCUCCCGGAGUUCGGAGCGAGCUGCACCUCGCCUGUGCAGUCGGUAGAGGCAAUGCUAGUUCUCUCGCGGUCAUGAACCGAGAAAUUCAACCGAGAAUCAUUGGACGUUUCGAGUUCCCCGAGGCGCGAGGUUUCUGGACCAUGUGUGCUCAGAAACCCCUUCCAAAGUCGAUCCAGGGGGACAGAGGCGGGAGCACGGUUGGGAAUGACUAUGGCACUUCGAACCAGUACGACAAGUACAUGAUCGUGGCUAAGGUGGACCUCGACGGAUACGAAACUUCCGACGUAUAUGCCCUCACCGCUGCGGGCUUCGAGACCCUCACAGGCACCGAAUUCGAACCCGCUGCAGGUUUCACGGUCGAGGCUGGGACAAUGGGAAGGCACUCGAGAGUCAUUCAAGUCUUAAAGUCAGAGGUCCGCUGCUAUGAUGGAGACCUUGGACUCAGCCAGAUCCUCCCCAUGCUCGACGAAGAAACCGGGGCUGAACCGAGAGUCAUCACUGCCAGCAUCGCCGACCCCUAUCUUCUUUUAAUCCGAGACGAUUCUAGCGCUUUCGUUGCACAUAUGGAUAACAACAGCGAGCUUGAAGAGGUUGAGAAAGGCGACAGCCUGACGUCGACAAAGUGGGUUACCGGUUGCUUGUAUGCCGACAAGAGCGGUACAUUUUCGGAGACUCAGUCAAAUGGCGACGCCAAAUCAGGGGAGAAUGUGCUUAUGUUCCUCCUGGGUGCCACUGGUGCUCUCCAUAUAUAUCGCCUCCCAGAUCUCUCAAAGCCCGUCUACGUAGCUCAGGGACUGUCUUAUAUCCCGCCUUCCCUUUCUGCUGAUUAUUCAGCUAGGAAGGGGACAGCGAAGGAGACAGUGCGAGAAAUACUCGUGGCUGACCUUGGAGAUACUACCCAUGAUUCUCCGUAUCUUAUUCUUCGACACGCAAAUGAUGACCUGACUCUCUACCAACCUCGGCGAAACCCUCGCGGUGGUCCUGGUGAUCUGUCAAAGACUCUUUCCUUUCAAAAACUGCCCAACCCGGUAUUCGCAAAGGAUCCUCAAGAGGUAGUCCAGGACGACGCAACACAUCAGCCCCGGUUUCUACCUCUGCGUCCUUGCGGCAAUAUCGCAGGAUAUAGCACCGUCUUCCUCCCCGGCGCUUCCCCAAGCUUCUUAAUCAAGUCGGCGAAGUCGAUCCCGAGAGUCAUAGGUCUCCAAGGCUCGGGGGUGCAGGCAAUGAGUUCCUUUCAUACCGAAGGUUGUGAGAGAGGCUUCAUCUACGCCGAUUCUCAGGGAAUUGCACGGGUGACGGAGCUGCCGAGCGACUACAGCUAUGCGGAGAUCGGGAUGGCGGUGAAAAAGAUCCCGCUGAACAUUGAUUGUAGCGCUGUUGCCUUCCAUCCCCCAACGGAGUGUUACGUGCUUGGCUGCAACUCCUCAGUGCCAUUCGAGCUCCCCAAAGACGACGACUAUCACAAGGAAUGGGCGCGAGAGUCGUUGACCUCCAAGCCAAUGGUCGACAGAGGCAUACUCAAGCUGCUUACCCCAGUCAACUGGUCGGUGAUCGAUUCCGUGGAGAUGGAGCCCUACGAGAUCGUCAUGUGCGUCGAGACUCUGAAUCUGGAAGUCUCUGAGUCGACCAACGAGCGGAAGCAGCUGAUCGCUGUGGGCACGGCCCUCUCCAGGGGCGAGGACCUGCCCAUCCGUGGCCGGGUAUACGUCUACGGGAUUGCCGAUGUCAUCCCCGAGCCCGGACGGCCCGAGACAAGCAAGAAGCUGAAGCUCGUGGCCAAGGAAGAUAUCCCGCGCGGGGCCGUAACGGCGAUUUCCGAGGUCGGGACCCAGGGUCUGAUGCUCGUCGCCCAGGGCCAGAAAUGCAUGGUUCGUGGUCUCAAGGAGGACGGGACCCUCCUGCCUGUGGCAUUUAUGGAUAUGAACUGCUAUGUGACGAGCGUCAAGGAGCUUCCGGGCACAGGCCUGUGCGUCAUGUCGGAUGCCUUCAAGGGUUUGUGGUUCACGGGCUACACCGAAGAGCCGUAUAAGAUGAUGCUCUUUGGCAAGAGCGCGACGAGGCUAGAGAUACUCAACGCCGACUUCCUCCCCGACGGCAAGGAGCUCUUCAUCGUCGCGAGCGAUGCAGACGGCAACAUCCACAUCCUCCAAUUCGACCCCGAACGUGAGCUCUCCCGCCCUUCUCCCUUCCCCCGCACGCCACAGCGUAGGUGCUUAAUUUGCUAACAUGCCUCACCCGGUUCCUACAGACCCAAAAUCCCUCCAAGGUCACCUUCUCCUCCACCGCACGACCUUCUGCGCCGGAGCCCACAUCCCAACCAGCUCCCUCCUCCUCCCCAACACCGCACCACCGGACCCGACGGCCACCGACACAAACAGCGGCCCCGCCGACGACCCGGACGCGUCCGCUCCGCCCAAGCAACCGCCCCAACUCCUCCUCCUCGCCUCCCCAACGGGCGUCCUGGCAGCCCUCUCCCCGCUCCCCGAGUCCUCGUACCGGCGCCUCUCGUCGCUGACGACGCAG